UUUCCUCGUACACUCUUUGGCUUACACAGUAUUUUGCGUAUGAAAUAGUAAUUGGCAGUGAACUCUGUCGUGUAAGUCUUUUGCAGAAGUAGUCUAAGAAUUCGAGAUGGCAGAAAAGUCUGUGCAAAAGAUACCGAAGCCCCAGUUGAGAGGAUUACUGACAUCCUCGGUGAAGUUUCACCUUCCUAUGGCACUUACUCUUAGUGCUGUUACAACUGUUCUAUUCAAGAUAUUCUGGGUGGAUAGCCGGAAAGCUAAAUAUGCAGAAUUCUACAAGAAUUACGAUGCAGAAAAGGAUUUUGAAAGGAUGAGGAAGGCUGGUGUUUUUAAAAGUUGUUAGCCUCUGUAAUCACAAUGAAUUGUGAAUAGAAAUUUUUAGGUGUUUUAGUGCAUUUGAAAGGUAAACUGGAAAUUGUUUAAAGUUAUUAAGACUGUGCAUAAGACAGAUCGUGUGCAAUUAUCAUAUAAAUCAGUAGUGUUUGUUAUGUUUCUUAAAAUUGUAUUAAACUCUGGAGACCCAAAAAUCGUAUUACCUGAAGUUGUGAUUGAUUGUAUAUUUGCUUUACAGAUAUAUGUGACAUAAUUUCAAAUUGUAGGGAGUCUUAGACCAAGUACAUGCAAGACAAAUGGUCAGAAUGGGUGGUACAACCCACAGUUUUUGUUCAUAACAUGUGUAUUUUGUGAAAUGCCAUUAAUAAAGACUUGAAAAUUGAU